GAUGGCGAUUUUAGCGGUGAUCACAGAAGCAGCUUUAUUGAUUAGAUGCGCAUGAUCAUAUCGUUAGAUAUAUCGCCCAGCGAUUUCUGUUAAAGUCUAAGGCCAUCAUCCAUUACUCAAUGUUUAAAACUUGAAUCUCUGCAAAUCAUGAACAUUUAGAAAGAUAAACGUAAAAAAAGACUUAACUGCAGAGAGCAGACUCUUGAUCAAAGAUUUUACAGAGCACUUCAUUUGAAAAGAAUAUUUAUUUUUCAAACAAGUAUUCAAGUCCACAGUUAAAGCAUGUAAACAAUGUUUUGCUCAUUUGUAUACUCUAAAUGAUUGUAGAUUAUUUUCAUUUUUUGUAAGUUGACAUAUGAGCGAUAAUACGUAAAAAGUACUGUAGGUUUAUUAACCAUUAAUGUAAAUUGACAAACAUUGUGUCCUAUUUGUUGUUCUUUUUUUUUCUCUCAUGCACUGCCAAUGUCUUUAAGAUUUAUUGUUAUAAAUUGACAACAGUUUUACAAUGAACAGUUGUCUGUCUUUUCAGUAGUUGUGCCUGUUUGCCAAAGUUUGUAAUUUACAUCCUUACAACUGACUAUAUAUACUGUGUUAAACACUCUGUACAUUUAUGGAUAGGUUAUACCUAACAACAUACUUGUCAAAAACCCUUUAUUUACUCAUGCAGUCUAUUGUAGUGAUUGAUAAAAUUGCUCUCUACUUCACAUGUACAUACUGUAACAUCUCUAUUUUAGAGUUUGUCUUUAGUUUUGUUAACAUUGAACCAAAGUUUGUUUCUAUGCAUGCCUAUACAAAAUUGUAGAAGGAGAUAAUGUAAUAGAAAAAAAUCAUGCUUGCACAGACAGAUUUUGUAAAUAAAUGUCUUUGGUUUUGUAUAGCUUUAAUUGCAGGAGCAAUCUGUGCAAAAGAGUAGGUAUUAAAACAGUAAAGUUCUGCAUGCUUGUCGUUCACACGGCUGUGGUUUCUCUACUGCAGCACUGCAAGCCCUUCUAUUAAACAUUUUGGCAGAUAGUUCAGCUGACUUGUGUGUUUUUUUAUCCUAUAUAUUUUCGUUUACACUUACAUAGUAAUGACAUCCAGUAUACAUGUUGUGAAGUGUAAUGCACCAAUCCAAAAACUUGGACCAGCUUUUUUUGUAUGUAUGUAAUGUGUGCUGUUGUCAAAAGGUUUCUACACUGAAGAAUCUGAAACAUAAAAGUUUUUAAGAUUUAAUAGAUGUGAUUUGAUGAAAUCUAUUCAGAACAUUAUUAUGCCUCCAUUUGUGUUAUAGUUUAUAGUUUAAAGGGUAGUAAUAAUAGAGAAAACGUACAAUAGGCAUGUCCAAACUUCUGAAAAGUAAUGCAUAAAUGAUCAGCUUUCUUACCGUUAGUUUAGAACUUAAUAAACCAUAGCAUAUAGUGGAUUUGCACACAAAUAGCUUUAACUUUAUUGUGGAUUUGAAUAAUGCCAGCUUUGUCUGGGGAAGAAAAAGUAAUGCAGAUGUAAUGAAGACAGGUAAAGAGACCAGCAGAGGGAGGUGUGUUUUAAUGGGGAUGUAGAAGGGCUUAUUCAUUUUAGUGUGAUACCUCCUACAAAAAGACAAAGCAUAUGAGGAAAGCACACACAACAUUCAGAUAGCCAAAGGAGGUGCACAUCAUUGAGUCAAUGUGCUGAUUUCUGAGGAAGACUCCAAACCUACUUAAGCUCAGUCUCAUAGGAAAGACCUGCGCUAUGUCGAAUCACUCUGUGGAGGGGAUUUACCUCAGCUCUCAUGUGGAGAACAUCCUGUUCUUGGCCUUCUACAUUGUCAUCUUCAUCCUCUCAGUCCCGAGCAAUGCCCUGGCACUUUGGGUGUUCUGUCACCGCAACACCAACAACACGCCUUCCAAAGAGUUUCUGAAGCACCUGGCUUUAGCGGACAUGUCUUACAUCUUGGUGCUCCCGAUGCGAGUGAUCUACCACAUGUCUGGCGGUCACUGGCCUCUUGGGGAAGGGGCCUGUCGUGUGGCUGGUUUCCUUUUCUUCGUCAAUCUCUACUGCAGCAUGUAUUUUAUGACUUGCAUCAGUGUAGACCGUCUGCUGGCUUGCGUCUUACCACUUAAAACCCAGAAUCUGAGAAGUAUCAGGAAUGCCAAAGUGGUCUGUGCAAUCCUGUGGGUCAUGGUGAUUGUUUCCAUGUUGCCUGUCCUGUUCUCUAAAAAAGAAGUGACCAGACAAAUGCAGAACGUGACAGUGUGUGAACAGCUGUACAUAGAGAAGUCCUCCAGUCCCACCGGUGCAUUGGUGUCCACUGCUAUUGCAUUUGUGAUACCUUUGGUCACCCUGAGUUUUUCUUACAUUCUUAUAUUUGCCAAAGUAAAACAGUUGAGUUUUCAAGAAAGGACGGCUGCUCAGCGUAAGGCAAUAAGAAUGAUCGUACUAACAGUGGUUAACUUCUUGAUCGCAUUUGUGCCCUAUCAUAUCCACCGAUUUGUAUUUAUUCUACAACAUGAUGACAUGUCAAGGUCAGAAUCCGAAAGGCACAUGUUGCAUUUAGGAAAUCGCAUCACCUCAGCUUUAACAUGCAUAAAUGGUGUGUUGGAUCCUGUCAUGUACUUCUUUCUGGCGAGAAAUUAUCAAGAAACCCUGCUGCUGCUUUGUGGUAUAAACCCUAAAGAUGAGCAAUCCAAUACUUGAUCGGAUGACAAUAUCUCAUAUGGCAGACUUGAAUGACACUGACUAGGUCUUUGUGUUUAUUUAUAACUUUUUUUUUCUGCCAACAUUCAUCAUUUAUCGAUUAAUUUAUCAUAUAUCAUUUUUUUGUAUAAACUUUUAGUUGUUCAAAAUGUGAGCAAAUAAAAUAUUCUUCCAAAAUCUCAUAUCUCUCAAGGUCACCAUAAACACAUUUUACACACCAGCACUCUUAACAAAAGUUAU